AUGGAGACUCCAUACACAUCAUCUCAAACCUACAUUGAUGAGUUUGACCCUGUGGAUUACUACAGAGCAUAUUAUGACCCUGAAGAAAAAGCUAUAACUGGAGAAUGGUCUGAAUUUGCAUUGAAGAAUUUCCAUGAAACCUUCACUUCAGGUGGUGUUAAAGGAGACCUACUAAUUGACUUUGGAGCUGGACCCGCAAUUUAUCAUCUUCUCUCUGCUUGUGAAGCUUUCAACAAUAUCAUCACUUCCGACUUACUUGAGCAAAACCGAACACAGCUACAGAAGUGGCUGAGGAAUGAUCCCGAUGCAAUAGACUGGACUAAAACUGUCAAGUUGGUUUGUGAACUGGAAGUGCAUUUUAUUUGCCGUUUAGUAACAGUCCAGCUGCACUUGAUAGCCACAAGCUACCUUGACUAUUCUGGAGUGAAGAUCAGCAUGGCGACCCCAUACACAUCACCUCAAACCUACAUUGAUGAGUUUGGCUCUUUAGAUUAUUGCAAAGCAUACUAUGACCCCAAAGAAGAAACAUAUGCCAGAGAAUGGGUUGAUUUUGCUUUGCAGAAUUUUCACGAAGCUUUCACUUCAGGUGGUGUUAAAGGAGACCUACUAAUUGAUUUUGGAGCUGGACCCGCAAUUUAUCAUCUUCUCUCUGCUUGUGAAGUUUUCAACAACAUCAUCAGUUCUGACUUUGUAGAGAAUAACCGAGCAGAGGUAGAGAAGUGGCUGAGGAAUGAUCCUGAUGCGUUUGACUGGACUCCAAUUGUCAAGAUGGUGUGUGAACUGGAAGGUAAUAGUGACAUUGAGAGCUGUAAGAAGAAAGAAGAAAAACUAAGGAAAACGGUGACAAAGGUUCUGAAAUGUGAUGCUCUGAAGAAGAACCCAUAUGACCCGGUGGAGAUGCCACAAGCUGAUUGUAUUAUUAGUUGCCUCUGUUUAGAAGCAGCCUGCAAAGAUGUGGAAUCCUUCACCAAUGCUUUGAGGAAUCUUAAAGCCCUCAUUAAACCAGGGGGUCACGUAGUAAUUCAGAGUGUGCUUAACUGUUCCUACUACAAUGUUGGAAAAAAGAGAUUCUUCUGUCUGGCCAUUACUAAGGAAGAACUUGAGAAGGCAUAUAGGGAUGCUGGCUAUGAAAUUGUGAAACUAAAGGCCAUUCCAUUCACUGAAAAGCGAAGCUUGGACUUGGCUGAUGAGAAUGGCUAUUACUCUAUCCAUGCCCGUAAGCCAUGCUCAUAGGGAAAACUACCUUAUGAAGUAUAGUACACGGCACAUACUGUAUACCCAGGUCCUAAUCAGCAAUUUCUCCUUUACAAAUGAAUGGUAUAAUCAGCAAAGCUAGGGAAACUACAUAGAUCGAGUAAAGGCUUUUAACAAGUGUAAAUGUAUUAAAA